AUGAGUUCAUAUGAAAAGGAGCAGGAAAGAUUGAAUAAACUUAUGUUAGAAUGUUUGACCAAGGAGGAAGAAGGGGAGUUUCUGAAUGACGAGGAUGAAGACGAUAAUGAAGAAGAUAUAUUGGAAACCCAAGAACUACAUUCAGAUACGGAGCAGGAAAUUUCUGAUGUUGAAAUUGAGGAGCAAGUGCCAGUGGCGCCUCCGAGGGGGCCAGUUUUCAUUGGAAAAGAUAAAAUAUCUAAAUGGUCGAAACAUAUUCCCCAUUCAAGCAGAACUCGAGCAGAGAACUUGAUCACACGACUUCCAAGAACAAAGGCAGCUAAUGUUACAAUCGAUGAAAAUUUGGAGGCUUUCUGUGGGAAAUGUUCUUUUCGGCAAUACAUUCCAAGUAAGCCGAACAGAUAUGGUCCGAAAGUGUACGCCCUCGUUGACUCUAAAACAUAUUAUACCAUGAACUUGGAAGUCUAUGUUGGAACACAACCAAAUGGCCCCUAUACUUCUGACAAUUCUUCAUAUGCUUUAGUACAAAGACUGGUAGAGCCAAUUAGGGAUUCGAAGCGAAACAUAACUUGUGAUAACUGGUUUACUAGUAUCCCGCUAAUACGCACGUUAUACAAUGAUUACAAACUAACAUUUUUGGGUACCAUAAGAAAAAAUAAACGGGAGUUACCUCCAGAAAUUUCCAACCCUACAACAAGGCCAAUAGGUUCAAGUAUGUUUGCCUAUAAUGAUUACAUAACUUUGGUAUCAUAUAUUCCCAAGAAAAAGAAAAAUGUGCUACUGCUAUCAACCCUUCAUCACGACGAUAAGACUGACCGACAAACGGGCAAACCUGAAAUGAUCAUGGAUUAUAACGAUACAAAAGGAGGAGUGGACACCUUGGACAAAAUGUGCGCGGCCUAUGAUUGCGCUAGAAACACACGAAGGUGGCCUAUAGUUAUUUUUUAUUCCAUAUUAAAUAUAGCUGGAGUCAAUUCCAUGGUUUUGUACAAUCUACAUAAUGUGGAUAAAAAUAUGACGGGCCGAAAGUUUAUGCACCUGAUGUCUUCCGAGUUGGCUGAAAAUCAUCAAGAAAUUCCUCAAAUUAAUAAUGCUGUUGCACCUGGUCCACCAAAUGCAAGAGGCCGCUGCAGUUACUGCGACAGGAGAAAAAAUCGACCAACGCGUUUUUCUUGCAUAACAUGUGGAAAGUUUAUGUGUCUGGAACAUUUGACACCUAUAUGUUUGGAAUGUCACAGUGAAUAG